AUCAUUACCCUUGAUCACUGCUAAUUUUCCCUUGGAGAAAAAUUGUAUCAAGUCUAUUACCUUUUGUUUGUCUUUUUCUAAGUUCUAUAAAUUUCUUUAAAGAGAAUCAUUAGUUUGAAGGGAAGGUGUCUUACUGGAUAUACUUGUUGGUAGGCAGGCAUGGCUGCUGCACAGAUUGCUCUUCUAAGCAAGCCAAAACACAUGGAACCAUCUCUCAUAGAAGCAGGGGCGCGCCUUUUUGUCACUAGGUUCCUUGGACGUUUUAUCUCUGCUGGAUGUUUAAUUUUAUUGGAGGAAGGGGGUACAACAUUGACCUUUGAAGGAGACAAGAGAAAGUGUCCUCUGAAAAUAGUUCUUAAAGUUAAUAAUCCGCAGUUUUAUUGGAAGGUUAUGACAAAUGCCGAUUUAGGCCUUGCAGAUGCAUAUAUUGAUGGGGAUAUUUCUUUCAACGAUAACAAUGAAGGUCUUCUAAACCUUUUUCUGAUUCUUAUUGCCAGCAGAGAUUCAAAUUCCUCUAUCUCGAAAUUGAAUAAGAGAAGGGGCUGGUGGACACCAUUGAUAUUCACAGCUACUCUAGGAUCUUUAACGCGCUUUUUCAAGCAUUUUUUAAGGCAUAAUAGUCUCACACAAGCUCGCAGGAACAUCUCUCGUCAUUAUGAGCUGAGUAAUGAACUUUUUGCUCUGUUCUUGGACGAAACAAUGACAUACUCUACCGGCUUAUUUAAGAAGGAAGAUGAGGACUUGAAGGUUGCGCAGCUAAGAAAAAUAUCUUCUUUGAUUGAAAAGGCAAGAAUUGAUGAGAAGCAUGAAGUUCUUGAAAUUGGGAGUGGCUGGGGAAGCUUUGCUAUUGAAGUUGUCAAUCAAACUGGAUGCAAAUAUACUGGCAUCACUUUGUCUAAAGAGCAACUGAAACUUGCAGAAAAGAAAGUGAAAGAUGCUGGCCUUCAGGACCGCAUUAAGUUUCUUCUUUGUGAUUACCGCCAAUUGCCCGAUACCUACAAAUAUGACAGAAUUAUAUCUUGUGAGAUGAUAGAACAUGUUGGCCAUGAAUAUAUGGAUGAGUUUUUUGGUUGCUGUGAAUCAUUAUUAGCAGAAGACGGGCUUUUUGUUCUACAGUUCUCAUCAAUGCCAGAUGAACGUUACAACGAGCACAUGCGAAGUUCGGAUUUUAUAAAGGAAUAUAUAUUUCCCGGUGCAUGCAUACCUUCAUUAAGCAGGGUAAUAUCAGCCAUGGCUAAUGCAUCCAGACUCAGCGUGGAGCACGUGGAGAAUAUAGGGAUUCAUUACUACCAAACACUAAGAUAUUGGAGAAGAAAUUUUAUGAACAACCAGAGCAAAAUUCUUGCUCUCGGAUUUGAUGAAAAGUUCAUACGAACAUGGGAAUAUUACUUUGAUUAUUGUGCAGCUGGUUUUAAGUCACGUACACUUGGAGUUUAUCAGGUUGUAUUCUCACGUCCUGGCAACGUUGCUGUACUCAACAAUCCAUAUCAAAGUCUUCAUCAGGAUCUUGAUUCUGUUCCCGAAGGAGACAUCAAUUCUUCAUAUUAAUGCUAGGCCAACGUAUAAUGGUUCAUUUUCAUGUUUCUACUUUCAUGGGAAGUCUUUUUAAUUUGGUUGUUUGCUUCUUCAGAAUGGUUAUUUAAUCAUGAAUCAAAUACUUAAGAAUGGUUUGCGAUUGUAAUUAAAUCCUAUGGCAUCUUUCUUUACUUUAUUCGACUUAUUCAUUAUCUAAGAAUAAAAUGCUACAGAGAAAACAGUAUGUAAAUGCAAUAUAUACUUUAUCUGGCUUUCAAAUA